AUGACGUCGAUCUACUCCGAGAUCGGUCGCUGUAUGUUGGCGUGUAUAGCAGCCUCCGUGGUCACCUUCGGGGUCACGUGCGCUACAACAUUAUCGUAUAAGCAGAUACGGUGUAGAAGCAGUAGACUAUGUGGAUCAAGCAAGAUGUCUUUGGCGGAGGCCGAUUCGGCAUUGCUCACUUACUUUCACACCCUCUGCAACACCUUGAUGUCGCCCUCUGAAGUCCAGGAGGACUAUGAUCUAGCUCGAGCAGCCUCAGCGGUAUGCCAGAAGACUCUCUACCAGGCCUGGAAGCAGGCUGAUGAUGAGGGAGCUCUGCGGGUGACCCAUCUACAGGCGGCUUGCUUUGGGAAUUUGGUCACUCUCGCUCAAACGAUACACCCACCCCGUAGUGGAAAACCUCUGUCAUUCCCAGCGGCCUGUGGAGGGCUGGUCACUGCCUCCUUCAUGCUCAAGUUCACUAGUGUCGUCGCUACGGUCUCCGAAAAUUCGUUGCCAAGUGAGGAGUUGUUGACUGAUCUCAUACAGUCUAGUAUGAGUGCUCACAUCACGCAGGGGUAUAAGAGCUCAGCUGCUGAUGCCUUCGCACUACAAGCUGCUGUUAUCGAGAUGGCGAGAUUCGUACGUGCAAUGAGACGUGUACGCAUGGCCACAACCCAGUAUGUUGCCUCGACUAUGGGCUCCUUCAAAGUGAUGAUUAAGAUGCUAGCAAGGAAUACCGCAUUUCAAUGGAGGGGGGUGGUAUCGCCUCGACAAUGGUUUAAAGAUCGCUCUGAAGCGGAGAGUGCACUGUACUUUACAAUGCGUAUUGCUAUGAUGAUGUUGGUAUCAACACUACUGUAUACAGUAUGGGAGGGGAGGGAUGACGCCAUUGAUGCUUACGCCCUCUGGGGCCUGCUGCCUGGCCUCAUGAUAUUACAGUUGCUGCCCAAGGGUGGCGCGAUCCGUGCAGUGUAUUGCGUAGCGCCUCUCUUCGCAUGGACCCUCCUGGGCAGCGCCCUUGGGCUAGCCUCUGCUGAGAGUAACCGUGGUAGCAUCAGUGCCUACGCCACACAAAUGGUGCUGCUGGCUGCUAUCGCUUCCUAUCUACAUCGUGGAUCCCUUAAGAAGGUGUCGGGGCCCAUUCUAGCAUAUCUAUCAUGGCUCGUAGUGGCUGUGGCUAAUAGGAACGAUGACGAGGGUCGAGAUUCCUUAGCCAUAUGGCAUGUGGCACUGUACCGAAUAGCCAUAGUCUGCACAGGUGUCUUCCUCGCGAUGAUCUUCGUGAUGUUGCCCCCACCGUUCCGGCUCCUCCCUGCUCUCGAUGGGCCGCAUACGGAACUGGUGCAGACAGCAGUUAACGUCGCCGUCCGGUCAGUGGUUAAGGCCAAUCGUUGCUAUGCUAACAAUGGAGUUAAAGCAGAAGGACAGAGUGCCUUAGCGUAG